GGAAGGGCGCAAGGCUCGUUUGCUUUCCCCUACACCCAAAACCCCAAUUUCCUCCCACCAGAGCACAAGGAAAGAAAUGAAUCAAUUCGCCCCUCAGCAAUCAUCGCUCGCCAUGGACUCAGGGGAGAGCUCCGCCGCCUCCAACGCCGCCCACGCGGCAAUGGCCGUCGACUACGCCCCCGAGGUCGCCUGCUGCGUAUCAUCCAUGGUCGACCUCGGCGGCGCCGCCGGCGUGGAGAGCCAGCGCCUGUUCCUGGCGCGCCGCACGGCGCUGGAGAUGCUGCGGGACCGCGGGUACAGCGUGCCGGAGGACGAGCUCGCCCGCACCCUCCCGGAGUUCCGCGCGUGGUGGUCCGAGACGCCCGAGAUCGAGCGCCUUUCCUUUUCCACAACCCUCGCCUCCGACGAGUCCAACAAGGUGCGAAUUGUCUUCUGCCCACCUGAGCCCGUCAAAAUCGCAGCCAUCCGGGAGGUGUAUCUCCGAAUCAAAGAAGAGAACUUGUCUUGCCUGAUUCUGAUUUUGCAGAGCAAAAUAACAUCUAGAGCCAGGGAGUCCAUCAAGGAGAUGUUCAAAUUCAAAGUAGAUGUAUUCCAGAUCACAGAGUUACUGGUGAACAUUACUAAGCAUGUCCUGAAGCCCAAGCAUGAAGUGCUGACUGCAGAAGAAAAAGCGAAGCUCCUGAAGCAGUACAAUGUGGUGGAUUCACAGUUGCCUCGCAUGCUAGAGACCGAUGCUGUUGCUCGCUACUAUGGCCUUGGCAAGGGAAACGUGGUGAAAUUCACAUAUGACAGCGAGCUCACCGUGGACCAUGUGACGUACAGAUGUAUCUUCUGAUGGAUCCGUUUGGUUUCCAUGGGAUGAAGGUUGAUGAAGGUUGUCUUCUGUUAGGCCUCGCGGCAAUGUAGUUAGAAAACUGUUCCCCAUCCUAAGCUAUCUGGUUGUCAGUUUCAGAUGUUUCUUAGAAAGUCUGGCACAAGUUUGUUUCCAGCGUACCGUGGUCACUGCAUGUCUUUGAAAACUGAAAUGUGUCGUGGAGAAUCGCUCAAAUGUGAUUGUGGGGUUAUCACUGCUGCUGUUGCGUUGCCAGUGUUGUUCAUGUUGGUGGUGCUA